CUGCAGGGUUUGCUGGGUUGGAGAAUGGAGAGAAGUAAAUAACAAGCAGUAGCGGAGAAAAGCUGGGAUGUAGGCAAAAGUGGAGUGGGACUAAUAAUACACAAGCUGUGGUAGAUAGGAGGAGAGUGGGGCAGAAGACGAUACUGUACAGAAAAAAAUAAACGGACCAGUGGAUGUUGAAUUCGUUCAAUGUUAUUUUUUAAAGGGAGAGGGAGUUGAACACUAUGUCCUGCCCCAGUAACCUGCUUUGGGAUGUGAGGAAGCGCUCAAUAGGGCUGGAUAACCCUAAUGCCGUCAGGAUUAACUACUUAGGAAGAAGUGAAUUUGUCCAAAGACUAAAACUUGAAACAACGCUGACUGUGCAUGAUGGCUGUGUGAAUACAAUAUGCUGGAAUGAUACGGGAGAAUAUAUUUUAUCAGGAUCUGAUGAUACUAAUUUAGUAAUAACUAACCCCUACAACAGGAAGGUUAAGGCAACCAUCCGCUCAGGGCACAGGGCUAACAUUUUUAGUGCAAAGUUUUUGCCACACACCAAUGAUCAACAGAUUGUUUCCUGCUCUGGAGAUGGAAUCAUAUUUUAUACCAACACAGAGAAGAGCCCGGAGAUCAACAGACAGUGCCAGUUCACCUGCCACUAUGGGACAGCCUACGAGAUCAUGACCGUACCAAACGAUCCUUACACCUUUCUGUCCUGUGGGGAGGAUGGCACAGUGCGGUGGUUUGAUGUCAGAAUAAAAACCAGUUGCACAAAAGAAGAUUGUAAAGAUGAUAUUCUUAUUAACUGUCGCCGUGCUGCUACCUCGAUCUCUAUAUGUCCCUUGGUCCCCUAUUACCUGGCAGUCGGCUGCUCGGAUAGCUCUGUUAGAAUCUAUGAUAGAAGAAUGUUGGGAACGAGAGCUACAGGCAAUUACAUGGGCAGAGGCACCACAGGGAUGUGUGUGCGCUUUGUUCCCAAUCACCUCUCCAACAAGUCCUGCAGAGUCACGUCUUUGUGCUACAGUAAUGAUGGGCAGGAGAUCCUCGUUAGUUACUCAUCAGAUUACGUAUACCUGUUUAACCCCCAAGAUGACCAGGCCAAGGAGUUGAAAGGCCCUUCAGAUGAGAGGAGGGAAGAGCUGCGACAGCCUCCGGUGAAGCGCCUCAGACUUCGGGGCGACUGGUCAGACACUGGGCCAAGGGCACGACCGGAGAGCGAGAGAGAGAGAGACGGAGAGCAGAGUCCCAAUGUUUCCCUAAUGCAGAGGAUGUCAGACAUGCUGUCACGAUGGUUUGAAGAAGCCAGUGAAGUUGCCCAGAGCAGCAGGGGCCGAACACGAUCUCGCCCCAGGGGUCCUACAGCUCAACCAGAAGGCACAGAUUCCAACCUUAAUCCCGCUGCACUGGAGCAGAGGUCUGGAGAGGAAUCCAUGGAGGUGGAAGCUGUGGCUGAGCCGCUUCCUCAGCCUACCUCCUCUUCCUCCCCAAUGACUGCUCCGGCCCCGUCCACCUCCUCAUUAACCGAGAGCCCCCCCACCACCUCCCUGCUCUCCUCCCCCGAUGGCGAGCAGAAGACACAGGCCUCCACUGCUCCACCACACGAGCCCGCUCAGCCAGAGACCUGGCCUCGGAGGUUGCCGGUAAGUCUAGUUUGUAGGCGUUUUCAGCGGCUGCUUUUGAUGGCUGAACGACAGGGGCAGGACGAGCAGCCUCCCUCCCACCCUGUCCCUGAGCCUCCCACUACCGGGGGUGCUCAGGGCACCACCUCUGCAGAUUCCGCCUCCUCUGUGGUUAACAAACAGCUUGGAUCCAUGUCACUCGAUGAGCAACAGGGUAAUACAGAAAGUGUUAGCCCUCUAAGCAGUGCUGGGGAACCUGUUUUGAGUUUGCACUACAGCACAGAGGGGACGACUACAAGCACUAUUAAACUGGACUUCACCGACGAGUGGAGCAGUACAGCUUCCAGCUCGAGAAGUAGUGGAAGUCACAGCAAGCCGGGUGAACAGGAGGGCUCCCAAAAAGCACAAAGAAAAGAGGAACUACCAGUGGAAAGCAUGGAAACUACCUCUUGUGUGAUGGAGCAGCCUGGGCCCAGCAGUGUGGAACAGGAGUCUAGUGAAGAGAGUCCCAAGCAGGCAGCUGACAUCAAUGAGGAGAGUACAGCAGGGAGCUCUCAACAAGAGGAGAGUACCCCCACUCUGCAGACUGAUGAACAACAAGGAAGUAGGUCUGACAAUCCCAGUGAGUCCUGUCGAAGAACAGAGCCAGCAGACGAGAGCAAUCGUGAGGGGGCAGCGACGGCCUCCAGGAACUACCACGAUUCGGACGACAGCGACGAUGACCCCAUUUUAAUACCCUCAUCAAGGUAUCGUGGAGGACAGGGACAGAGAUUUAAUUUCAGAGGAACAGCGGUAGGUGAUAGAAUGAUAAGGCGGUCUGCAGCAGCCCGGAUCCAGGAGCUCUUCAGAAGGAGGAAGGAACGAAGAGAGAUGGAGGAGAGCGAGACGCAGAACAUACGGAAACCUCCCGUAAAGAUGGUGUACAAAGGCCAUCGCAACUCCAGAACAAUGAUAAAAGAAUCCAGUUUCUGGGGAAACAACUUUGUGAUGAGUGGCUCAGACUGCGGCCACAUCUUUAUCUGGGAUCGACACACGGCUGAGCACCUGAUGCUGCUGGAGGCUGAUAACCAUGUGGUGAACUGCCUGCAGCCUCACCCCUUCGAUCCCAUUCUUGCAUCUUCCGGCAUAGACUAUGAUAUAAAGAUCUGGUCACCACUAGAAGGGGCUACAGCUUUUAACAGAAAAUUGGCUGAAGAGGUUAUUGCUCGAAAUGAACUGAUGCUUGAAGAGACAAGGAACACCAUCACAGUCCCAGCGUCUUUUAUGCUGAGAAUGCUGGCUUCAUUAAAUCAUAUAAGAGCAGACCGUUUGGAAGGCGAUCGAUCUGAAGGUUCUGGCCAAGAGAAUGAGAAUGAGGAUGAAGAGUAAACCAUUGUUUUUCUACAAAGCACUUGAACAUUAAUGAAAUUUGUACAAGUACAAUGUAUAAUAUUUUCCUUAUACAGCAGUGCAAUUUUUUUUAGGUUGUUGUUUUUUGGGUUUUUUUUUUUUUUUUCUUUACUUUAUUACUAACAUUUUCUGGUGGAACAACUGCUUUUAAAAAACGAAAACAAAAAAAAGUGUGAGUGUAAACUGCAGCAAUAAACAAGAAAUUAAAGAAAAUGGAUGACGGGUGCUUGAGGUUAUAAAGUGCAAUAUUAUUUUUCAAGUGCAAAUGUUUGAGCUUGGAUCAGUGUAAAGAGUGAGUUUUCAUUAUUGUAGUUACAAGGGUUAAAAACUCAAACAACAAACACCCAGUAUACCUGCUGUAAUGCAUGUAAGCUAAAAGAAAAAUGAUGCUUUUCAAGUAAACAAUUUGGUUGUUAAAA